AUGAACAAACUAGUUGAUAUAGAUGUGUUAGCUAUUUAUCCGCGUGGUGUUAAAAAUGCAUCCAGAACUACGUGUGGUUAUAUUAAAAAAUUACCACUUGAAAAUGAUACUGAUGGAGAACAAGAAUUUUUAUCAACUUUAUCAGAAUACACAUAUGAGGCAAAACUUAUUUCAAUUGAAUUAUACAGAAAAUCCUAUGAAUUAAUAUCAUUGGAAGCAAUCGGAACUGUUCAAGUGGAUGUAUUUCAAUUAUUAAGACGCCCAGAAUAUGGUAUUCGUGAUUUUACCAUUUUGAUCAACUUACCAAAGAUCAAAUUAAAUGAGCAUUCCAAUUAUGUUAAUAUUCGUCAUGAAAAAGAAAACAAAAACUUAAGUAGUGUUGGCAUUUCUGAUACUGAAGAAAAUAUUAAAUUGAAUAAUGUUAAUAUUUCUCAUCAAGAAUCACAUAACUAUUUGCAAAACUUUUUUUCUAGUCCAGUAGCUUGGCGAACGCGAUCAAAAUCUAAAACUAUUCGUAGAAAUAGUUAUAAAAAGAAAGAAAAUUUUGAUUAA